AAUACCUAACACUUAAAUCAAAAUGCCGCUCAUAGAUAUCACAAAUCCCGAAAUAAUAAAGUUCCUCGUAGAGAGCUAUGACAAGACCGCUCGAUUGCGAAUGAAAUGGAACAAUUUAUAUGGGGACAAACUACAGGAAGCCGCCACGCUGCAAAGAAAAGAAACAGGUUAUACUACUUACGACGUUUUCAAGGCCGAUAUGAUCGGUGGGAUGCCAGCUAUAACUAGAGAUCAUAUAACAGCGGGCUAUAAUAGAAAACGUGUUCCAAUAAGAGACGGUACAUUCAUACCUGGAACAGCUCACCUGCGAAAAGGUCAUUCCAUAGUGGACGUAGGUCUGGGAGAUCCUAAAGAAGAUCCCAGGCUUGUACGACCAGAUACGGACACUACUAUAGAUCCUGUCAUGCGUGUGGUUGACCCUGAACAGAGCAAAGUUAUUUACAAAGAUAAACCUGUGUUUGGUCGAAUUGUUUACCUGAAACAACGAUCUAAAUUAGCACCAGAACAAAAGUAUUACUUUAGAGAAUGUUCUGGAUGGGAUUAUGGGUGGAGGCUGAAGGAUAGCUUCUUCUCAAAAGGCAGACCAGUAUAUGGCCGCGUGUGGAGACUCAAUCGCGACGUCAAGAGCCGCUCUGGGCCACAACCCGAUCCUCCAUAUUACAAAAAUCCUGAUAUACCCGCCUCAAACAAGUGUCCUGAAUAA